AUGCUCCUGGAGCCUGUGGAAGACCUGGAGUCAGACGCGGAGGAGUUGCAAGAAGACGAAGCCGAGACCGAGAGGAGGCAGCAUGCCUUUCGAACAUCCCAAGUAGUUCGCGUAGGCGGAAAACACCCUGACUGGCUCACAGAGCCGGCGGCUGUGGCAGAGAUCUCUCUUCCAAGGCUGCCAGCAGAAGAGUUGGUCUAUUUGCCAAGAAUGGUUGUGGAGCAAGGCCGUUUGUCAAGCCCGCAGAUGGAGAGUGUAGCUUAUGCAGCCCGUCGUUUCCGGGCCUACUUGCCAUCUGGGGCCCGUGCUGGUUAUUAUUUGGGUGAUGGUACAGGCUGCGGCAAAGGCCGCAUCAUUGCAGCUCUGAUCUGGCACCUCUGGCACAGCGGUUCCAAGCGCCACGUCUGGCUGAGUGCUAGCAAUGAUCUGCUGGAAGAUGCCACAAGAGACUUCAGAGAUCUUGGAGCAGCCCUCCCUUUGUGCAGCUUGUCCUCCUUUGGCUAUGGCCCUAUCCAAGGAGGCCAUGGACUUGACCCAGAUGGCAACGGAGUGAUGUUUGCCAGCUACCAGCUCCUCGUUGCCGGCAAAGGCGGUGCUUCGGGAGUACCCACGCCCGAGACCUCGAGGCUUGGUCAACUCAUUGAUUGGCUCAGGCGGGGCAAGGGUGGCGCUUGCGGACUGAUCGCGCUUGAUGAAGCUCACCGCACAAAGAACGUUGGAACAACAACGCAGAUGGGCUCCAAAUCCGGACUGUCCGCCCUGGAGUUGCAGCGUGCUUGUCCGAUGGCCGCCGUGCUCUAUGCCAGUGCCACCGGAGCCACCGAACUGCAACUCGGCAGCGGGGUUCGGGUUUCUUGCCUUCGUGGUUCGAGGUUUCGAAGACGUGCGGGAUAG